AUGUCAUUUUCAGCAAACAGUUAUAAUGGUACAGGUGAUGGAUUUUGUAUGGCAUACCAUUGUAGUCCUAGAGAAUUCCGAUCAUUUGGGCACGAUUGUAAUGAGCGGUAUGAAGGAUAUUGUGGUGACCGUUCGAAUUAUUUACUUAAACAAGGAGCUACAACGUGGAAUAAUUACUCAGUGGUGUGCAAAAACCUAAACCAUUUUCUAGCGGCCAGUAUAACUAAAAAUUCGGAUUGUAUAGGUUAUGUUUGGAUUGGAAUAAGGAGAUACCAGAUACAUCAUAGCAUUGAAGGAAAGUUUCACAAUGAUUGUUAUAAAAUCAAAAGGGAUUUUCGCACGUGGUUAUAUGAGAAAAGUGAUUGCUCCGAAAAACUUUCUUUCAUCUGUAAAGUUUCGGAUCCAAUUCAUAAUUCUAGCAUUUCUUCAACUGGUCCUCGUACCACGGAGACAGUCACAACAAACGGCUCCGUAAACAUUAACGAAUCAAAUAAUUCUAGCAUUUCUUCAACUCGUCCUCGUACAACGGAGACAGUCACAACAAACGUCUUCGUAAACAUUAACGACUCAAAUACUAUAAGUUUAGUUACUGGGACCGUCUCUGGAAUUAUCGUCCUACUUAUAGUUAUCGUAGUCAGCAUCGUUUUUGUUCGAAGAAAGCAAGGGACCCUGAGCAAAGGAACCAAACAUGCGCAAAAUGCAAUUUACGAAUUACAAAAUUCAAAUGAGUUAUUUGACAGAGACGAUGACAUUAUCUAUAUAAAUACCAUUAAUGAAAGAAGUAAUAACCACCAAAAGCAAUCUCCGACAAACACAAAUGAAAUAUAUGUGGAAAAGGAAGAAGGAGAGUACGACCAUUUGCGUACUUCACGUACUAAACAGGAUAUAACAAAUGAGGAACCCUUCGACAAAUCAGAAAACACCUACUCCACAACUACAAGAGAAGAUAUCACAUAUGGAGCACAAUAUGAUAGCAUGAACUCUUCAGGAGAAAGUAAUUAUAAUUACUCAAAAGACAUUAAACAAGCCAAUGUCUAUGGAUCGCACUAUGAUUAUUUGAACUCCUCAGAGGAAAAUCAGUAUGACUUGAGUUAUAUAAAUCACAAGAAAGGUUUUGUUUCAGAUUAUUCGUCUUUAGAGGAGAAUACCUAUGGUAGAAGUAAUAGUGCAUGUUAA